AUGACCCAGAGAUCCAGCCCAAGCGACCCUGCCGCGCCGAACGAUGCCAAAGCCGUUUCCUCCCGCCGCCUCAAGAAGCGAGAAAUCGACAGACGAUGCCAGCGACAGGCCCGCGAGCGGACAAAGACUCGAAUAGCCUAUCUGGAAGGUCUCGUUGAAGACUUCAGACGGAAAGAUGCCUCUGGACAGGUCGCAACCCUGAUGCAACAACUGAAAGACGUGGAGGCGGAACGAGAUAUGAUGUCCAAAACACUUAAGGAUAUUCAAAAAGCAAUGGACGUGCAUCGGCCGCCCAGAUCGAGUGAGGAAGAGCAGUCUCAAAACAUAGAUCUACUUGAAAGUCCUGGUGCCGAGCGAAAGUCGAGCAUUAUCUCCAUGGCAGAUGAUGCGCCGCUAGCAUUGAAGAUUGAAACAGGCGACGCCGAGGCAGAGAUCGCAGAUUCUUUCGACUUGUCCCACUUCACCCCCUCUCCAACACGCCAGCUUCCGCCACAAGAUAUGCUAUUUGCGCCUGAAAUCGUGCGACUGGACACGGACAGCCAACGUCCCAUGAGCCAGGCGAUUGUGCAGGCAAAGAAAAGAGAAGAAAACCCGAUGCCUUCGCGAUGGGCGAAGAACUGGGCCAACAGUCCAUCCUCCUGUUCGUGUCACAGCCAUGCUGAUCGUUUGCCCGGUCGUCGUCCAGUCUGGCAAGGAAACUACUGGCGGUAUGCGAAUGAAGUUUUAAGCGAGAGGUUUGACUGGACAGAUAAUGUGCUGCCAGAAAGCGAUGCCAUGUCGGACGACGUACCAGUCCGCGUGCUGUUGGAAGGAUGGGAUGCAGUCGAACAACGAGGCCCUCUGCACCCCUCGUGGCAGAUUCUACGACGUAUCGAUGAGACUCUUUUUGCAUCGUGUCCCCAGACCGAACGUCUGGCCAUCCUGAGGGCAAUGCAUACGCUUUUGCAGUUCCACACUGAAUCGACAAGUGAACGAUACCAGAAAUUGCCGCCAUGGUAUAUGAGGCGACCGUCGCAGACCAUCGCACACUCGUACGCUAUCGACUUCUUUGCAUGGCCGGGAAUUCGAGAGCGUUUCAUAUUCGGUGAACACAACUACUGCCAGAACGAAUUCUGGCAUCUUUUCUGCAAAAGCUUCCGUCUGUCAUGGCCAUACGAGUUCCGCGAUUGCUACACGCGCGAGGUCGAGACUGGUCUCUACCAAAUUAACACAAAUUUUGAUGAACGUUUGACAGAUAUCAAAAGCUGGACGAUGGGUCCCGACAUCUUUCAACGAUUUCCGGAAUUGUACAGCGACAUGCCUUCUUUCAACCAUAUACCACGUCCUGUUUCGGCAACUGCCUUGCAGAAGCGGAAGAUGCUCGCUGCGCCGAUCGCUGCGUCUGUCACGACAACACAAAGCACAGGUGUGCUGGAUGCAGAUGAAGACGUACCAAAGCCACUACCCCGAGCGACUCGGCCGUUGCCAUUGCACAGCAAUCAUCUUGGUGUGCAGCAGCCGGAUGCGCAAGCGUAUGCUCAGAAUAUCCCAGGCCAACAUCCCACCAACAAUCCUCACGCUUACGAUAUUUCGGAGUUCAACCAUGUAAUGGCCCUUGAUGCUUUUGCAUAUGGCGCCAUCAGCGAGACCGAUUUCGCCAACGUUUACCAACCUGAAAUGCUUGACAAUUUUCAAAACGUCAUUUUCUAG